GGCUGUACAACACAACUGUUUUGUACGGAAUCUACUCAGCUAACCACCGGCUCCCUUAAGAAGAAUACAUGUGCAAAAGGCUGUUGUUUAAUAUACCAGGCUGAUAUUCUACAGCUAAAUGGAGUUGUUGAACGCAUGCAAGACAACCCUAAAGGCUGUCAGAUGGCACCUGGCUCCUUUUGCGACAUCAAAAGUAUGGCUGUCCACCAAGACCUCCCAGCUGAGAGACAAAAACAUCCUGCUCAUGGGUCCACCCGGAGCAGGGAAGACUACAGUGGGGAGGAUUGUGGCCCGAAGACUGGGACUGCCCAUCAUUGAUGUGGAUGAUGAUGUCUUAGAGAAGACAUGGAGGAUGCCUGUGGCUGCUAAGCUGGCAGCGGUUGGCGGAGAACGUUUCCUUGAGGAAGAGGGUCAGGCACUGUGUAACUUCUCCUCUGUCGGGAGUGUUGUCUCUCUGACAGGUUCAAACCCUCUUCAUGCCGGGGCCAUGCAGCACAUCAGACAGACUGGAACUGUUGUGUACCUGGAUGUGGACACUGAGGACAUUAUACAGAGACUAUCGAGGAUGAAGGUCAACAGGAUUGUUGGCCAGGAGGCGGGGGUAUCCAUGAGGAAGAUUCUGAAUUACAGGAAACAGUUUUACGAGAAAUGGCUUGAUGUUAGAGUACUGUGUGGUGUGGGUGAUACAGUGGAGGUGAUAGCAGAGAAGGUGCUGAAGGCUGUGGCGAGAUAUCAAAACCCUGAGAUAGAAACCUACAUUUCAACCAGAAGUACUGGUAAAGCAUCUUCCAAUAAUGAUAUAACAUAUUUCAGUGAUGUUGUGCUGGAGGGUCUUGCUGCAGAUGGAGGGCUCUACGUUCCCCGACAUGGCUUCCCAAAGGUUGGUACUCAUGAAUGGCUGAGGCUAGCCAACAUGUCAUACCCUGAGAGGGCAUUAGCUAUACUUGAAAAGUGCAUACACCCUAUGGAUAUCCCUGCUACUGACCUUAGAACGAUGGUGUUUAAGGCAUAUGGCACAAACUUUGCUAGUGAAGCAGUUGCGCCUGUAAAACACCUGAUCCAUAACCAAUAUGUUCAAGAGCUUUUUCAUGGACCUACGGCCUCGUUCAAGGACCUAGCCUUGCAGUUGAUGCCACAGCUCUUUGCUUAUUGCCUCCCACAGAUGUGCAACUACCUAAUUCUGGUAGCUACAUCUGGAGACACUGGGAGCGCCGUGCUCAGUGGUUUCAGUGGCCUUUGUGACAGUGACAGGCAGAGGACUGGCGUACUGGUGUAUUUCCCUGAACAAGGGGUGAGUGAAAUUCAGAAGCUCCAGAUGACGGCCUACAGAGAGGGCAAUGCCAGGACCAUCAGCGUCUAUUCUGACUUUGAUUUCUGUCAGAGAGCAAUUAAAAGGAUGUUUGGCGAGUCGGGGAUGACAGGUCACCUUGCUGUUGAGUAUGGCACUGUCCUUAGCACUGCCAACUCCAUCAACUGGGGACGGCUAUUACCACAGGUCGUUUACCACUGCUCAGCAUAUCUGGAUCUGUUCAGAGAUGGUGUCAUCAAGUUUGGCGAGCCCAUUGACGUCUGCAUCCCCACUGGCAACUUUGGCAACGCCAUGUCCGCUCUGUAUGCCAAGCAGAUGGGCAUUCCGAUCCGAAAAGUCAUCUGUGCCUCCAACCACAACCGCAUCAUCACAGACUUCAUCACUACGGGCGAGUGUGAUCUCAGAGGGCGGCCCCUCAUCAUCUCACACUCCCCAGCCAUAGACAUCCUGAAAUCCUCUAAUCUCGAGCGGUUCAUCUAUCACAUCUCAGGCGGAGACGGCCAUCUUGUCGGGGACCUGUUCACGCGCUUGGAGAAGGAGCAGUACUUCAGACUCCCCGAGCCUUUCCUCAGGAAGAUACAGGAGGACGUGCUGGCGGGUUGGUGCUCUGAAGAGGACUGCCUGCUUGCCAUCCAGAGUGUUCACAAACAGAGCGGUUAUGUUAUGGAUACGCACACAGCUGUGGCUAAAGUAGUGGCUGACCGGCUGCAGGACGGAUCAUGCCCGGUUGUAGUUUGCUCCACUGCUCACUAUGGGAAGUUUGCGUCAGCUGUCCUGAAAGCACUGCUGUUCCAAAAUAUACCAAAAGAUCCUUUAGACCAGCUAAGGGAGUUGGAAUCUUUCACAUCUAAACCGGAAAUGCACAAACAUUUGCUCAAAUGCCUCGAAGAAAGGGGCAGCCGGGCACACACUGUUUGUCCAGCAGAUUACAACGCAUUGGUUGAAGAGGUUGAGACUAUGAUACAAGAUUCCUUCUUGAACGUUGCAUAGGCUUUAUUUCAUUUCUAAAAUUCAUUUCAUCUCAUGUUUAUCUUCAAGUGAAUAAUUAACAAUACUGAACUUGACCCAAGACAAGUGCCAAAUAUAUAGCCAUAUUUUUAAAGCUAUCUUGUGGCCUGCAUUUUUACAUGUGGUUUUGUUAAAUGUUGUUA